UCCCGGCCCCCCCCCGCCCCCCAGGUCUGCGGAGCGGUUUCGUGCGGUGCGGCCCGGCCGGCGACGCUGCCCUCGGCGGGAAGGCUGCCUGCGAGCGUCGUCUCCCCGCGCCCCGACGGCCAUGCUGCGGCGGCUCCUCCUCCUCCUCCUGGGGACGCUGCUGCUCAGCGUCUGCCUCGACGGCACUUCAGGUAUCCCGGUGCCAGAUGAGCGUCAGGUGAAUGGGACCGUGGGGGGAUCGGUCCUGCUCACUGCCCUGAUCCCCCCCGGAAAAGCCGUGGCCGAAAUCGAGUGGAAUUUCCAGCUUCAAGAUGACACGGUCCUUGUGAUUGCGGAAUUCACGAAGGGGAACUUUGGGCGGCCCGAUCCUGGCGACCGAUUUCAGCAGCGGCUCGAGAGGGCGAAUGAGACCACGCUGAGGCUCAAGAACCUGGUGAAGGAGGACAGCGGAGUCUACACGGCUCACGUGACAUUCGAAAGCGGAGAGGCACCAACGCAGACAUUUCGCCUCGUGGUCUCUGGUACAAGUAAAGCCAUCGAGCAGUGGAACCUUCUCGUUUGUUUGUUCAUCAUCGCGAUGCCUUUUCUCACCUGAAUGUGGUCAUCGGGUGCAUCAUGGGAACCUCCGCUUAAUUGCAUAACAUCACGAGAGGGGGGAAUGAGGAGCAGAAGCAAGCAUCUCCUGGAAGGUUCCUGAGAAGAAGACCUUUGAUUGGAUGAGAGAGACCACUUGAUUCUAGCGGGAAAAGAGCUAUAAUUGAGCGCUAUAGGUUAGCAAGAGGUGUGCGGUGCUGUGCUCAUGCUAUGCGAGGCUAUGUGCAAUGUGGUCAUUGGGUGCAUCAUGGGAACCUUUGCUUAAUUGCGUAACAUCACGAGGAGGGGGGGGGAUGAGGAGCAGAAGUGAGCAUCUUCUGGAAGGUUCCUGAGAAGAAGACCUUCAAUUGGAUGAGAGAGACCACUUGAUUCUAGCGGGAAAAGAGCUAUAAUUGAGCGCUAUAGGUUAGCAAGAGGUGUGCGGUGCUGUGCUCAUGCUAGUUUGGUGCAGUGGUUAAGUGCGAGGACUCUAAUCUGGGAGAACCGGGUUUGAUUCCCCACU